AUGAUUUACAUACGAAAGACAUUUCCUGGUGGUAUAACACAACCUUCAUGGUUUGAUGUUCGUCCUCUUGUUUAUGAUCCAAUGUUGAGUCGUUUCCUUCCUAAUACAUCAAUUAAAGUGAUAGUUAAAAGCAUAAUGAUUGAACAAUGGAAUCCAUCUUAUUCCUAUAGUCGCUUUUAUGAAUCAUGCGCACCAAGUUACUGCAUUUAUUAUAAAAAAAUUCGCACAAAAACUAUUAUUAGAAUGAUGACAACAUUGUUAUCCAUGAUCGGAGGUCUUACUGUCUUACUACACUUAUACAAUGAUCUCAUACAAAAAUAUGGAAACAAACUGAAAUGUUCAUGUUCAUUAAUUGCAUCGCCACGCAAUCGAUUUGUCAAUAUUGAAGCAAAAUUUCAUGAGAUCUGUUCGAGUCCAUUUGUUUCGAAUGAAUGGCAAAUUAAUCUCACAUCUGGUCUUGUUUCUAAUCUCUCCGUAUACGCACGAAGAGACUAUCGUCGUUUUCUCUCUGCUCAUUUACAAUUUCUUACUGGAUUAUGUGAACUUUCCAUGCAAUCAGUGAACAAUUCUAUCGAUCAAUUUCUUUCUUCACUAUUCGUUACUGUUCAACUUCUACCAGAAACAGAUUUUCAUGAACGCCUUGAUUUGCUAAUCGAACAGAGUAAAUUAAAUGCUCCUACAAUAUUUGAUAAUCUUCUCUUCUUAAUUCGAAGUGUAAACCAUGGAAAUGCUGUUAUAUCAACAUAUGGAACGAAUUUCGAAUAUGUUGUUCCUUGGAGUGAAGUGCUUCACGACACUUAUGCAAGUACUCAAGCUAUGAUCUAUAAUGAUGAAUGUUCUUGUGGAUUGUAUAUGAAUUGUCUAAGUCAAGCAAGUUUUAUUAAUCAAAAUUCAUCUGAAAUCAUUCCAAUCAAAGGCUUGAGAAUAGGCUGCACACCAAGUGAAUCUUUUCAUGCCUCAACUCUUGAAUGUUUUUAUGAUCCUUCAUGUAUUAAUCUCAUUCAAGACAAUACUAAUUACAUAAAAAGUAUCAAUUUUACAAGUUCUCUUAAUCCUCUCUCGAUAAUGAAAAGUCAAUAUUCAAUUAAUGCCACAAUAGCCGAACUUAUCGAUAAUUUGUUCAUCGAGCAAUGGAUAGCAACAAUUAAUUAUUCAUCCUAUUUUGAACGAUGUUCACCUUUGCUGUAUUCAUAUACCUGCAUUGAACAAUUCAAUUUACUCUAUACAGUCACUGUUCUACUUGGUCUUCAAGGUGGUCCUACAAUUGUUCUCAAAUGA